UCUCCAUAUUUAGGUUUUCAGGAUAUUUCCUCUUCUCUCCCAUUCCCAACCCUAUUUUUCUUUUCUUCUUCUUCUUCUUCUUCUCUUUCUCAUUCCUCUGUUCAACAUCUCACACCGUCUUCUUCAUCUCACCCUAAUCCUCCAAAUUUCAUUAUUCUAUUUCUACACACUCAUUCCCUUUAUUCUGCUUCACGUUUCAUCUACCACUCCACUGGUUAUUCUUCUUCUUCAUCUUUGUUCAUACAUGCACCAUGAAGAUUUUCAACCCCUCUGAACGCUUUCUUCGGAACAUGGUAUGUCCCUCGGACACCAUAUUCCUCAAAAGCAUCAAUCUUUCUCAUCUGGGUUCUUCCCAUCUCCACCAAUUCAGAAUGUCCAUCCUCUCCUGGCCAAAUUAGUUACACUCUCAUCAACACAUUUCCCAACUUUUCCCACCAUGGAACCGAACAACCAACCCGACCAACCUAACCCCAGAAACAUAAUCUUCAACAAAUACGAAAUGGGUCGGGUCCUGGGGCAGGGGAACUUCGCCAAGGUCUACCACGGCAGAAACCUCCUCACCAACGACAACGUCGCCGUCAAGGUCAUCAAGAAAGAGAAGCUCAAGAAAGAGCGAUUGGUGAAGCAGAUCAAGCGCGAGGUCUCGGUCAUGAAACUGGUGCGGCAUCCCCACAUCGUUCAGCUCAAGGAAGUCAUGGCCACCAAGGGAAAAAUCUUCCUCGUCAUGGAAUACGUCAGGGGCGGCGAACUCUUCACCAAGGUCAACAAAGGAAAACUCUCCGAAGACCUCGCCAGAAAGUACUUCCAACAACUCAUCAGCGCCGUCGACUACUGCCACAGCCGCGGCGUCACCCACCGCGACCUCAAGCCGGAGAAUCUCCUCCUGGACCAGAACGAGGACCUCAAAGUCUCCGACUUUGGCCUCUCGGCGCUGCCGGAGCAGCGCCGCGCCGACGGCAUGCUCGUGACCCCGUGCGGGACCCCUGCCUACGUGGCGCCGGAGGUUCUGAAGAAAAAGGGUUACGACGGUUCAAAGGCUGAUAUUUGGUCCUGUGGCGUAAUUCUCUACGCCUUGCUCUGCGGCUAUUUACCCUUCCAAGGUGAGAACGUUAUGAGAAUCUACCGGAAAGCGUUCAGAGCACAGUAUGAGUUACCGGAAUGGGUUUCGCCGCCGGCCAAAAAUCUGAUUUCGAAUCUCCUCGUUGCUGAUCCUGCCAAGAGGUAUUCCAUUCCCGAGAUAAUGAAAGACCCCUGGUUUCAAUUCGGGUUCAUGAGACCCAUUGCGUUUUCGAUCAAGGAAUCCGUAGAAGACAACAUUCAUUAUUUCGACGAUGUGGACAACAACAACAACGAGGAGGACGAGGUUUCAAUGAGGAAACCCAGUAGGCCGUUUUACAACGCGUUUGAGAUAAUCUCGUCGUUGUCGCACGGGUUUGACCUCAGGAGUUUGUUCGAGACGAGGAAGCGGUCGCCGUCGAUGUUUAUCUGUAAAUUUUCGGCUUCGGCGGUGAUGGCGAAGGUGGAGGCUGCGGCGAAGAAGCUGAAUUUUAAAGUGACGGGGAAGAAGGAGUUCGUGGUGAGGAUGCAGGGGGCGGAAGAGGGGAGGAAGGGGAGGUUGGGGAUGACGGUGGAGGUUUUUGAGGUGGCGCCGGAGGUGGCGGUGGUGGAGUUUUCUAAGUCCGCCGGCGACACUCUGGAGUAUAUUAAAUUGUGUGAGGAACAAAUGAGACCAUCUCUGAAAGACGUUGUCUGGAGCUGGCAGGGAGAUAGAUAGAUAGCAAUAUCUCUUCUAAGGAUUAGUUUUUACCAAUUUCAUCUGUUUUUGUUUUAUUUGAUGCUGAAUUUGGUUCCAAACUAUGUACAUAUAUUUGGAGUUUGUGAUGGUGAUUGAACUACAAAUAGUAGCUAAAUUGCAACAUUAAUCUCGCAAAUUAUGGAAAAGUAAAGGCAUGGUUUUUCACUUUGAGAAGUGA